GCCGAUGCUCAUUUCCUCUUCAUCAACAGCUAUGAGUUCCUUCUUAGGUCGGUUGAACUAUUUUAAUUCAAUGAACCACAAAACCGAUCCCCAUUUCCGAAACUUGUUAGAGCGGAGGAAUUCUCUCAAAAUCCUCAAUUCUUAUUUGGGUAUAAAGAAACUAGGGUUUGGAGAGAUUGCUUAUAUCAUCAUUCAUCUGACUGAAAUCAAUCAGAAACGGAGACAAGUGCUACUUGAGGGAUCAAAUAACAAAAAUCAUCAGUUGAUACAAUGAGUUCGAGAGGUACAAGCAUAGAUUAAUUUCAUGAGAGAAGUGUACAUUCCUCGGUUGGACAGAAUGCUUCAUUGGUUGGGUUUCAAGAUUCUGCAGCUGAAGCUUGAUGAAGAUGAGUUUCUCUGAAAGUAUAUAAUGGGCUUGAAAAUUGAACGAUCUCUCCUGCAAAAAUCACAAGGUCACUGUCGGUACGCUAUGGAUGAUCUGAUUUGUUGGGGGAAACGAAUUGUUGGAUACAUGAAUUUUCUGAGUGUCAUGGCAGCUUUGAAAUUACGACCAGUGGUCGAAGUUGCAAAUUCCUCAACUGAAGCAUCAUGACAGCAACCAGAACAAUACUGUGAUAGACCAGAGAACAUCAGUAGAUACAAUGAGAUCGAGAGAUACAACAAGCAUCGCUGAGCAGAAUGAGAUAAAGAAAAAGGUUAAUUGCAUGAAACAGGUGUACAUUCCACGGUUGGACGAAAUGCUUCGUCGGUGGGGAGAAGUUCAGCAGCUACCCAUUCAUUUAGAAAAUCUGAAGCCUGAUGAGAUUAAGGAAUUCUGUGAGUAUAAAACAGAUUUGAAAACGGCACGAUCUUUGUUGCCAAAAUUACAAGGUCAUUGUUGGUACAUGGAUGAUGUAAUUCGUUGGGAGAAACGGCUUCUUGGAUAUAUGAAGUUGCCGAUUCUCAUGGAAGCUGUUCAAUUACCUGGUGACCUGUUGUCGCAGUUGCAAAUUCCUCAACUGAAGCAGCAUGACAGCAACCAGAACAAUACUCUGAUAGAGCAGACAAGUGUGUUAACAUCAUUACCCAAAGCCGGAACACUUUUGAAACCUGCAAAUUUACCUUCCUAUGCACCUUAUUCUUGCACACCUUUGGCAUCAUCUGAUUUACCAGGCAAACCCGAAUAUCAGCAGAAUGUUGUUCUGUCUUCACUACCAAGGGAUGGAAAUAUUGGGCAUACACUAGUUUCAUCAUUGCUCCAGCAGGGACAUGCUAUUGAUAAUAGCACUCCAGUAAUAUCAGAUUCUCCCUCAAAUGAAAAUUGUGCUUACCUAGAAUGCAAUCAGGGUGAUGGUACUGCAGCCAUUAUCAAUCCUGGGAAGUCAGUUUCAACAAUAACACCAAUAGAACGGUUACUUAAAGCGGUAAAAACGUCGUCAUCUAAAGCAUUAAGUGCCGCGGUCAACGACAUUCGUUCAGUAGUCAGUACGACUGAUGUAUUCGCAGGAUCAUACCCUGGCGAAGAAGGAGGUAGAUCUUCUUUUCCUGAAGACCUAGCGUCUACCACAAGGUGUCGUGUUCAACGUAGGAACUUGGAAGAAAUAAACGAUGUAGUGAAAAAGAAACUGAAGCGAUGUUUUUCAAUUGAAAGUUCUCUAAAUGCUUUGCCACUUGAUUAUAAUGAAAAUACUGGUUGUAAGAAGAUGAAUCAUGCCCUUCUGGAAGAAGUCAGAGAGAUAAACCGUGUGCUAAUCAACACAAAACUGGGUAUUAGUGACGAGGGUAUUAGUCUGAUGUCAGCUGCAGGUGAAAAUGUUGAAGGAACGAUUGUCAACUGUACAUUCAGCCCAAUAUAUUGCAGUUCAACUGAAAAGUUUCCUGCUCUGCCCAUGUGGUUCUUAAUCCCUGAAAAAUAUCCGCUCUGUUCUCUUGUACUACUAGACAGUUUGCACGUCAGUCUGAGUGGCGACUGCGCAUACGAAAAUCUAAUAACAGAGGCAUGGAUUAAGUUCUACGAAUUCCUCCGCUGCAUGCCUGAACCAACAUCACUUGAGGAAAUGGCCAAGAGUUGGGAUUCUUGUGCUAAUGCAGUGUUUUCUGAGUAUGCCAGAAGAAUGCAGAAGUAAGCUUUAGUUCCAGAUUUGGUAAUUGGGAAUAUUUGUAGAACCUGCUACUUAAUACUACGAAAUUAGAACUUCAACUUUGGCUGUGGCAAUGUCUUCGUUUCUACAAUUUCAGUUCUUUUGUAUAUUCUACUGUUACUUUUGUGCAAAGUCAUCACCAACAUGAGUAGUUAAAAGUUUACAAAGCGAUGUAAUCUUAGUUUUUGUUUGUUACAACAGGAGAAUUAACCUUGGCAUGC